AACUGCACUGUAGGAUGGACAGUUCUUGUAUGUCUAUGCAGGUUUGUGGUGGAACCUGCUCUUAUAGUGACCUUCGUUUUGCAGUGAAGGCACUCUGCUUUCUUGUUCCCAAUAUCUUUAAACUGCAGCCAGAUGCUGCUUCGCUUUCUAGUGUCACUCAUAGUUAAACGACACGACAAUGCAAGACGCACACACGCUCCUCAGUCCGCUCUGUCUCUCUCUUCACUUGCAGUGGAGUCAAGUGGUGUGUCUGCCCCCGCCCCCUCUCUGUUUACACAUCCUUAAUUCUCACGUGAAUGCCGCAUGCUGGUCGCCAUGCUGGCCAAUCAUAACAGACCUCUGUGAAAGUGAAACCUAAGCAGCGAAUGGGCAAAAAACUGGGAGCCGGCUCUCACUCGAUGCGAGCCGGCUCUUCUGAUUCACUACAAAGAGCCGGCUCUCAGAGCCGAUGCUUGUGCGCAUGACCCAUCACUAAUCUUCAUACUGUACUGUCUUUGGUGGGAACGACGCAUAUGGCUGAGAAGCAAAAUUAGCAACAAAAUAACGCAGUCACUGGUAAAAGUGACAUCUGACGUUGAUCUCGACAGUUUCAGGGAUAAACCAGAGUCAAGAAGAUGGCUGACACAGAGCAAACAAGUGCCCCUCCUCCCCCUCAAUUAGGGACAGUGCAAUUCAUGUUGGCUAACAAACUAGAGACGGCAAUGUGGCUCUCGCGGCUCUUCACCGUCUAUUGCUCAGUAAUGUUCAUUCUACCUCUCUUAGGACCCGAGGCGGUCGCCAAUUUCUAUCAGCGUGCGCUGCUGGCCAACGCCCUCACCAGUGCUCUGCGGCUGCACCAGCGGCUCCCCCACUUCCAGCUCAGCAGAGCCUUCCUAACCCAGGCACUCCAAGAGGACAGCUGUCACUACCUGCUGUACUCCCUCAUCCUGGUCAACUCUUACCCUAUCACAAUGAGCAUAUUCCCAGUCUUCCUGUUCUCGUUGCUUCAUGCAACCACCUACACAAAGAAGGUUCUUGAUGCAAUGGGCCCCAAUAGCCUGCCCUUCAUGAGGAACUUCCUCAACAAGCUCUCGGUCAACCAGCAGAACAUCCUGAAGUUCAUCGCCUGCAAUGAGAUCUUCCUCAUGCCAGCCACCAUAUUCAUGCUCUUCAGUGGCCAGGGAAGCUUGCUGCAGCCUUUCAUUUACUACAGGUUUAUAACUCUCCGCUAUACUUCAAGGAGAAACCCAUAUUGCCGCACCCUGUUCUCAGAGCUGCGGAUCCUGCUGGAGCAUUUCAUCAUGAAGCCUGCCUGCCCCCCCUUCUUCAGAAAGAUGUGCCUCAACAGUAUCGCCUUUAUGAGCCGCCUGGCCCCCACCAUAGUGUGACCUUACUUCCUGUUCCCACACAACCAUAGUUUGUACUGUAAGGGGCGUGGCAGCAUUUCAACUCAAGAGGGACUGACAAACAACUUUGAGAGCGAGGAAAAAAACCUUUUUGAAUGUUAGUCUGGUCUGUCUUCCUGCGGCGCUGUUCAAAUGCUAGAGCGGAGGCUGAGGUUCGGCCUACGACGCACUGAAAACCCCCGAUCGUUUUCGAUAUGGCUUUAUGGAACAGCUGAACACUCACUCCCCCCUCCUCCACCCCCUCUUCUCUCUCUCUUUGGGAAUAAACACCAGCUGACUAUCUGAUGUGUUCUACUUAUAAGGAUUGACCUUAUGAUGGUUAAAUGUCUUUGGUCUGUCCUGUAUGAUUUAUUUAUUCAUGGGAAAUACUUGUUCUUCUUAAAAAAAAAAAAAAAAGACUUCUGAGAUUAGAUAAUUCAAUUGUACUAUACAUAGUUGCAGUCAUUUUUGUAUAGCUUAAUCAUAUUGUGCUUUUCAAAGGCGAGAUGAGAUGUCAGUUGCUCUUUUUUUUUACAUCCACUAAUUCCAUUUUAUACAUUAGUUUUCUUAGCGGCAAGCAUUGGUUAUGAUUUUGUCUUAAAACACGUUUUUACUCUUUGAAUUUGAAAUGUGAUCUAUGCCAUGUAACUCACUACUUAGAAAAUGUGUUGGCAGAGUCCAAAAGGGCCCUGAAAUGAAAAAGCAGCAUAUAUGCUGUAUUUUGAAGACUUGAAUGGUACAAGGACAUGUAGUUGUAGGAUUUAUGCUUGAAAUUAAUCAGUUUCACUAUACCAGCAGUUCCUCAGUCUGUGCACAAAGCACAUGUUCUGCAGUAAAUGGGAAGGACUAGGCUGGCUUCAAAUGCAAGUGUAUAUUUGCAUUUUGAAUAGGUUUUCUAAUUGAAAAUGUCUUUAAAUUCACGUUCGAUUAAACUGAUUUGAGGCUAAUA